AUUAAAAAAUAUUUAAAAAAGAAUAAUUUUGAUAACGUUACUAAACAAAACUCCACGUGUUUUCAAAUUUGAACAUGGAUGCCAUGUGCUUGUUUAGGAAGUUAAGCAGUGGAACAAAAUUUGAUUUUUCAAGAUUUGGUGACGAUGCACGAAAACUGAGAAUUAUUAGUGAAAAAAGAUAUUCAACUAAUAAUAAUCUCUCUCAAGAUUCAAAGUUGCUUGAAACUGUCAAGAAAGAAAAUGAAGAAAAUAUUGAGAAACAGAUAGAAGAAAAUGAUAAAUUUGAUGCAAAGAGGAAAAUUUCAGAUGAUGAUAGUAAUGAAGAAGAAGAAGAUGAUGAUGAUUUCAAAAUUGGAAGAAAUAUAAUUUUAUCAAAUAAAACGAAGAAAUGCAAAAAGAAGUCAAAGCUGAAUUCUUUAGAAAAAUUAGCUGCUCAAAAAGAAGAACAGAUAAAUCAUUUUCGAAAACAACAUCAGAUUAAUAUUUGGGGAUCAGAUAUUCCUGAUCCAAUAUCUGAAUUUGAGCAGUUAUGUGAACGAUAUGAAGUAUCUCCAAUUAUACUCAAAAAUAUUAAAGAAUUAGGCUAUGAAUCACCUACUCCAAUUCAAAUGCAGGCAAUUCCUAUAAUGAUACAUCGAAGGGAAGUCCUGGCAUGUGCUCCAACUGGAUCUGGAAAAACAGCUGCUUUUCUUAUUCCAAUAAUUAAUCAUUUAAAGGAACCUCUUAAAAAAGGUUUUCGAGCCAUUGUUGUUUCACCAACUCGAGAAUUAGCCAAACAGAUAUUUAGAGAAUGCAUCAGAUUAGCAAAUGGAACAGGUUUAAAAAUUCAUUUCAUAAAUAAAGCUAGUACAGCUAUCCAAAAAUUUGGACAAAAAUCAGCAAAAAACUUUGAUAUAUUGGUGACAACUCCUAAUCGUCUGAUUUAUUUAUUACAACAAGAACCACCUGUAAUAAAUUUAAGAAGUGUUGAGUGGUUGAUUAUUGAUGAAUCAGACAAAUUAUUUGAAGCAGGUGAAGAUGGAUUUCGAGAUCAAUUGGCCAUUAUUUAUAAAGCUUGUGAUUCUAUUAAUGUCAGGAGAGCAAUGUUUAGUGCAACUUUUGCAUAUGAUGUUGAACAAUGGUGUAAACUUAAUCUUGAUAAUGUUGUUACUGUGUCAAUAGGAAUAAGAAAUUCAGCCACAGAUUUAGUAAAACAAGAAUUAAUAUUUGUAGGAAAUGAAUCUGGAAAACUUAUUGAAUUCCGAAAUCUGAUUAAAAGAGGUGUUAUGCCACCUGUGCUUAUAUUUGUAGAAACAAAAGAAAGAGCAAAAGAACUAUUCAGUGAAUUGAUUUAUGAUGGAAUUAAUGUAGAUGUGAUCCAUUCAGAACGAACUCAGUUGCAAAGAGACAAUACUGUAAAAUCUUUCAGAUCAGGAAAAAUUUGGAUAUUAAUCUGUACAGAACUUAUGGGACGUGGUAUUGAUUUUAAAGGUGUAAACCUGGUUAUAAAUUAUGAUUUUCCUCGAAGUGCUAUAUCUUACAUUCACAGGAUAGGUAGAACAGGUAGAGCAGGACGUCCUGGUCAUGCUAUAACCUUUUUCACAGAAGAAGAUAGAAUUAAUUUACGCAGUAUUGCUCAAGUAAUGAAAGAUUCUGGAUGUGAUGUUCCUGAUUUUAUGCUUCAGUUGAAGAAACCAUCCAAAAAAAUUAAAAAACAGUUAGCAAGGAAAGCAGUUAAGCGUGAAACAAUAUCAACCAUUCCUUUAUAUGACAUUGAGAAACAAGCCAAAAGAGAAAGUAAAGUAACUUGCUACGAAAGCUUUGAAUUUAUAUACACUUCAUUGCCCAAUUAUCUAAAGGCAGUCAACCUUUUGAAAGCUGUGGAACUAGCCUUUUUAAUAUAUUUUUAGUUCUGUGGAACACUAAUAAUAAAUGUGUUAUUUUUUUAAAGUUAAAAAUUAAAAUGGAAAAGUUUUUAUUAUGCAUUUAUAAACAUAAUGAAUAUACAGCAAGUACUCACUUAAUGCCAUCAACAGUCUUAUGGAAAGUGCAACAUUAGGCAAAAUGAUGUAUGACCAAACUAAUUUUACCUUAGGCAUGAUAUAAUUUAGUUAUUAUUAUUCUAAUUGGAUUGUGUUUGCAACUUCAACAUUUAUU